GCCUGAUUCUAAGCACGUUAGGAAUUCCCGCAGAAACCAUCAUGAACACGAACGUGAAGCGGCUGCGGAAGGAGCUGGUCGAGCUGCGCAAGAGCCCGGAAGCGGACAUGGUGCUCUUCCCUCUUGAAGACACUGUGACUGAAUGGAAGGCGUUCAUCACAGGGCCUGUGGACACCCCGUUCCAGCACCGUGUGUUUGAGCUUCGCAUUGUCACGACGCCGUUGUACCCGAUGGAGCCGCCCAAGAUGCGCUUCGUCACCAAGAUCUUCCAUCCAAACGUGCACUUCGUCGAUGGCAGCAUCUGCCUGGACAUUCUUAAGCGCGAAUGGUCUCCAGCAUGGACUUUGCGGGCGGCGUGCCUCGCAGUGUCGUCUCUCUUGUCGGACCCUGCCGCCGACUCCCCAUUGAAUUGCGAUGCCGGCAACAUGAUUCGAGCAGGGGACAUGCUUGCGUACAACUCAAUGGCUGCCAUGUACACGGAAGAAUUUGGAUUGCCUUCGUUGCCCCCAUCUCCGUUGUAAGUCUCCCAAUCUACUGUUCCUCGACCGUGCACAGUAUGUCCUCGUCGCCAUCUUGUUCGCCGUCGACAACGUCACUCCCCUCGACGUCUGCAUCGUACGUUCGGCAUGCGAGGCUGCCAAAGUACAUGGUGACCGUCUUGAGCUUGUGGUUCAGGUAGUUGUAUUCGACUUCCACGACUUCAUCUCGCUCUGGAUCCUGCAAGAGCUUCACCUGCUUCGUG